AUGUCGCUCAACGGAUUGGAUACGCCUGAAUUGACAGAGGCAUUUGCAAAAGCAUGCGCAGAGCCUGGAAGCUGGUUUUGGAUUAAAUACACCUCCCGAGACGAUGUUGAGCUUCUGUGUCAGGGAACCAAUGGAGCGGAGGAGAUGCGAGAAGCAGCAGAGAAGGAGCCAGAUGAUUCGCCGUUGUAUGGAUUUAUUCGAUUCAGGCGACGAAAUAUCUUGAUCAAGUAUAUCCCGGAGGGAACUUCGCGGGUUUUGAAAGCUCGAUCGCAGGUGCAUUUUCAAUCCGUUGCUGAAAGGUUCAUUCCAAACGACACUACAUUCUCAAUAUCGACUCCUAAAGAGCUACGCGACAAUGCAUUGACGUCAGCAUGCUCAACGCAUACUGCAACUGCUUCGAUAUCUUCUUCGAAUAGUUCUCUUCGAGCGCGUCGUUUAACGGAUAUUGCCGAAUCUGCAGAUGAGGAGGAGCCGCCUACAGCUGUAAUGAGUGCUGGUUCGCCGGUGACAUUCGGUGAGAUCGAUGGAAAAGGGAAGAAUAGUCAAGGCUUGGCGGUGGUGAUUACCGCACAUGAUUCGUCAAUAACAGAUGGCGGACCUGGCUCACCCGUCUUUCUCGAUGGGGACAGGGAUCUCUUGGGGUCCCCCCUAAGCGCCUCCUUUUCGAGAGACUCACUUGAACCCAGAAGAAAGUCAACAGGUACCUCACCCAGACCUUCUUCAACCGAUUUAUACGGACCGUACAUAUACACCCCUAGAGAAAAGGUUCGACUUGGACCUCGUCCCCACGUCGAGCCCGUAAAACGGCCUCAUACCUCUGGUGAGCGUCCGAAAGCCUUCCCUAGCCCCGACCAGGAAAUUCGACCCGUGGUCUCGGUUCCUAAAUCUGUUCAAAUUCCUCCAAGAAAAUCCAAAGAAUCAAGGAAUAGGUCCUUGUCCAACGAAUCUCUACGAUCAGAGCAAGAUACAAUCUCAUUCCUCUCAAUUGAGAUUGAGGACUCACCACCUCCUUCACCAAAAUCACUCUCGCCGGUUCCCUCACAAGAGCCUGCCCUUACUCCUGAAAAGCAGAGGUUGAUGAGAGCUUUGCAGCUGAGGAGAAAAACAAUGCAACCUGAACUGAAAGAGCAAUCGAGGCGGGAUGAGGAAGCCGCCCUAGAGAUCCAAGACCGAGAGGAAGGGGAAAAUGGGAUUGUAUCCCAGAAGAUAGUCGAGCCAGAUUCAAACGAAUCUAUCGGAGGGCAAGAGGGGGCAGAUGUGCUCGAGGAAAGUUCCUGUGGAGACGCGGUGAGUGAAGGGGUAACACUGGAUAGGGGAAACGAGCAGACAGAAACGGGAGAUGCAACGGAGGACUUGAGGGAGCAGGAUGAUAAACUACCGGAAUCACCAGUAGAACUACAAUCUCCCGAGAGCACAAAGGUUCGAGGCGAGCCUGAUUCCGACGUUGACACCGAAUCCGAUCACACCGAAAUUUCCAUCAUGACGGAUUCUAGACCCGUAACUAUGACAGCUAUUCAGCAACCUAUCCCUAGCAUGAUUAAAAGCAGUUCUCGCUCACACCCGACCAAACCCCCGUCACCAGAUCCUUUGGCAUCAAAGGUGCUCAAAAGAACUGAUCGUCCAAUUGAAAGCGAGCCCGUAAACGAGCCCCCUGUUCCUGAGGCAGCCCGUUCUGUUUCUGCACCUUUCUUAAAACCGACAGCUCCAGCAGCUGGACCCAGAAAAGCUGUAGGCGGUGGGGGUGGAGGUGUGGCACAACGGAUUCGACAGCUCGAGAUGCUGUCAGUUCAAAAAGCUGCCGCGGCAGCAGGAAAAUCACCCCCUGUGAGCCGAGGCGGCUCCCCGACACCACCGAUUCCGCAGUAUCACCCAAACCGUCCGUCUAGUGUACAUGUCCCAGUCGCGUUGCGUAGGAUGUCUAACCCCCCUGCUCCUUUGCGGCCAACAUCAUCGGUAUCGCGUCCAUCCACUCCCAAUACUUCUGUCUCAACUCUUGGGAACUCCUCUGGGAGUUUCACGUCCUCGUUACGAUCAGUUAUAUCAACGCCUUCACUUCCGAAAUCAAGCCCGCCAAAAUCAAGCCCAGCUCCCAGGAUGGAGAUAAUUGAACGCAAUAACAGGCCCGAAUUGCAAGUCACAACUCAAAUUACCAGAGACGAGCAAGGAACUCCUCAUCCAUCAUCCCAACCACCUCCGGCUCCAAUUCCGGCUCCUGAGUCAGCCAAAAGCUUGAAAAGCCCCAAUAGCUUCAGCCGGAGAUCCAGCGUGGAUAUAACACCACAAGAUCCAGUUCUGCGUAGCAGGAGUGUAGACGUAGCUCCCCCUCCAACAACAGCUUCUAGAGGUCAAAGUAUCGACAGGGGUAGGGGUAUUUUAUCUAGAUCAUCAAGUUCAAGAGACUUGGAAAAUCUCUCCGAGAAGAUUCCCACACCCAGUUCUAGCCCUAAGCCCACACCUACCUCCCCAAGACCACCAUCAACAUACACGAACAGCUCGAAGAAGAGUAAGAAAGAAAAGGAAAGGCGUGGAUCUUCUUCCAGCUCUGGGGGAUCAGGGCCGUCUAAGGAAAAAUCUAGAUCCAAGUCGAAAUCUCCGACAACCCCCAAGUCACCAAAGAGUCCUGGAUUUUUGCAGAAAAUGAGUGCGGCUUUAACAGGCAAGAAAUCAAAGGAAGAUGUACAAGCCCCCGCUCCUGUAGCCCCUGCCGAGCCUGCGAAAAAGUCAUACCUUUUGGCUGGUUGGAUAAAUGCUCAACUUCCGGAUACCAUGUUAUGGAGGCGGCGAUGUUUGAAGAUAGAUUCAAGUGGUUGGCUGUUCUUGUCUUUAUCAGAAGAUGAGAAUGCGCCACAAACUAAAAGAUAUCACAUAUCUACGGAGGUUCGAUCGGUUGAUUUACCAGAUAUGGAUGAGCAAGAACUCCCCCACAGUGUGAGGCUUCAUCUCUUUGAAGGCGGGACUCUGCAAUGUGCUUGUCAGAACGCCAAUGAGCAGAAAGAAGUAUUGGGAGUGAUUCGUGGUUGCAUUGCAUAG